GGGCAUGGAAAACUACAUGAUAUCUACGCGGCUGUCCAGGCUUCAGCUGAGGCUCGCGGAUGGAAUAGCGUUGACCUGCUUAUUAUUGGGGGUGACUUUCAGGCUGUGAGAAACUCCAAUGACCUUACUUGCAUGGCAGUUUCAAACAAGUAUAGGGAGAUUGGAGACUUCCAUGAAUACUACAGCGGUGCUCGCGUUGCCCCUAUCCUAACCAUCUUUGUGGGAGGCAACCAUGAGGCUAGCAACCAUAUGUUCGAGCUCUACUAUGGUGGCUGGGUUGCUCCAAACAUCUACUACAUGGGAGCAGCUAACUUGGUCCGCUACGGACCUCUACGCAUUAUGGGCAUGUCCGGUAUUUGGAAGGGCUAUGACUAUCAUCGUCCCCAUUAUGAGAGAAUCCCUUACGAUAGUGACACGCUACGCUCAGCUUACCACAUUAGAGAGGUUGAUGUCCGCAAACUUCUGCAGAUUCGUACACAGGUCGACAUUGGCAUUAGCCAUGAUUGGCCUCGUGGCAUUGAAUGGGCUGGAGACUAUGACCAUCUCUUCAGAAUCAAAGAACACCUCAUGGAAGAUUCCGAGACCGGCAAGCUCGGUAAUGUUGCAGCCAAGCAGGUGCUUGACAGACUCAGGCCAGCUCACUGGUUCUCUGCUCACCUGCACUGCAAGUAUACUGCCACUUUGCACCACCAGGAAUACCAACCCCCACAGGUACUUAUCCGCUUCAAGGAAUCUGAACAAACCCUCGUCAAGCCUCCUGUGCCCUCUCCACCUGUCCUUGCCGAAAAAGCAAAUACCGUCUCCGAUCAUCCCAAGGACAUUUCUGAGCCAAAGUUAGGUCCAAUCCAGGAGGUUGCACAGGAUGAGACCGCAAAGAAAAACGCUUGGCGUGAUUUCCACCAAGUUGCUGCUUCUACUGAGCAAGACGAGCAGGAAAUAUUCAUGAGAGAGGUUGCAAAAUACCACAAGCAAGUGGAAGUUGGAGACAUCACUUCUGGUAGUGACAUUACCUACCAGCUGAAGUGGAAGAAAGUUGGUGUUGAUGAUGGAACUGGUCGUGAGGUUCAAGACAUUAUUACGACUUCCAUUGACAAAGAAGGCAACAAAGCCGCUGAGAGUUCCGAAGUUGUGCAGGUCAAGAAUACCGACGAAAUCAAUCUGGACAUGGAUGAUGGGUCUGAGAACGAUGAGCCCAAGGCCAAUAUUCCUGCAGGAGCUGAGAUUGAGCCUUGCGAGAAAGUUGCCAACGAAAAAGCACCUGAGCCUGAGCCUGAGAGAUCCGAGGCUAAGAGAGCAGCUACCAAUGAUGCUAAGAAUGUUGACUCCGUUCCUGAUGACAUUCGUAGCCAGCUGCCAGCCAGCUUUGCCAAGCCUUCCCCAGUUACAUCUGGGCCUAAGCCAAUUGUUGAAUCCACUCUCCCAGCGGAAAUUACCAAUACUACCACUGAAUUCCUUGCAUUGGACAAGUGUGAAGGUCGCCGUCAUUUCUUACACCUUACUGAGGUUAAGCCCGUCUCCAAGGACGAUGGAGCUGGUAAUACUGGCCCUUACCAGCUGAUGUACGAUAAGGAAUGGCUUGCCAUCACCCGCGCUCUGCAUCCAGGAUUCACCGUUGGUGACAAAGCUGCCUCCGUCCCCUCUAACAAAGGUGAUGGCGGGUAUAAACCUGACAUCAUUGCCGCUGAGGAGUGGAUCGAAGAGAACGUUGUCAAGGCCGGGAAGAUGGUCAUUCCAUACAACUUCAUCAUCACUGCUCCCGUUUAUGACCCUUCUGUUCCAGUUAGCACCCAGGAACAGCCUCCUGAAUACCAAAACCCACAGACUGAGGAGUUUUGCAAACUAAUUGGUAUUGAGAACGCAUUUGCCAUGUCUGAUGAACAACGUCAAUCCCAGAAUGAGGCUUUAAAGGCAGCAAAUGAAUCUAACAAAGGAGGUAUCUUCCGUCUCGGUGGACACGGUGGCCGUGGCGGCCGUGGCAAUCGUGGCGGUCGCGGUCGCGGUCGUGGCAGAAGCGGACAUGGUGGCCGUGGCGGACAUACUCGAAGCCACCAUUAA